AUGGCAAGCCGCAACAAUAUUUCCGCAUAUGGUUCUCAUGGAGCAUAUCCGGUGCACUCUUUUCGUUCCGUGGCUAUUUUAAGAGACAGGCACAGUGAUCCUAUAAAAAAUGGAGAACGAUCUGGGAACUCUGGUCGACUUGUACAUCCCAAGGAAAUGCUCGGCGAGCAACCGCAUCAUCCAUGCUAAGGAUCAUGCUUCCAUUCAGUUGACUCUGGCCGAUGUCGAUCCUGAAACCGGACGCAUGACCGAUACCCACAAAAUGUAUGCCAUCUGUGGAGCCAUCCGUCGCAUGGGCGAAUCUGACGACUGUUUAGUGCGGUUAACGAAGAAGGAUGGACUCCUACCGAAGAACUUUUAACUUAAAUUAUGUGACAUAUUUUUAUUUGCAAUAAAUUUGGAAAAACGUCAA